UGCUGUCUAUAUAUACAUAUUUGGAUUUCAUUCAUCAUACUCACGCAGAAAAAUUUGGUCUUAAGGCACCAAAGAUGCACUCAUCUUUUCCCCUCUUCUUACUGUUCCUCUUCCUCUGCAGCUCACUGCCUUCAUAUGGGAUAGAGCUCACUUUAGUAAACAACUGCAAGGAGAGCAUCUGGCCCGGGUUCAUGGGUGGUGCAGGGCAUCACACACCACACUACGGUGGCCUGCAUUUGGGCAAUGGAAAGGAAGUCAUCGUGAAUGUGCCGCAAGGUUGGUCAGGGAGGUUAUGGCCACGGCGAGGAUGCCAGUUUAACGAGAAUGGCCAUGGUGAGUGUGAAACAGGGGACUGUAUGGGACUACUUCAUUGCAGGGGAGCAGGCGGCCUGCCGCCAAUGACGGUGGUGGAGAUGACACUGGGCACGUCCAAGUCGCCCUUGCACUUCUAUGAUGUGAGUUUGGUAAAUGGGUUCAACUUGCCAGUCUCUGUGGUUCCAGUUGGCGGUGGCAUUGGGUGUGGCAUGGCUUCAUGUGAAUCAGAUCUGAAUCUAUGCUGCCCAGCAUCAUUGGAAGUAAAGAAGGAGGGGAGGGUGGUUGCUUGCAAGAGUGCGUGCAUGGCUUGGAAUCAUGAAAAGUAUUGUUGCACAGGCAACUAUUCCACGCCACAUACCUGCAAGCCCACAAUCUUUUCCAGUGUCUUCAAGGUCAUAUGCCCUAGAGCUUACAGCUAUCCUUAUGACGAUUCCAGUAGUCUUCACAAGUGCAUGGCAUCUAAGUACCUCAUCACCUUCUGCCCUCCUAGUCCAUACUAAAGCAAUGCAGUUCACCAGAUCCAUUGGUGUUCCUGGCAGUAAUCUCAUCCUUGGUUUGUAUGAAAAUAGAGUAUGAAGCACUGUUACCUGCUUAAGCCUAGUAAAACUUACGCAAUAAAUCUCUCUCUCCCUCUCUCUC